CAUGGCGAAGGACCAGCUGCGGCCGCGGCUCUGCUGUAUGCUGAAGGGGGAGAGCGGCUACGGCUUCCACCUGCACGGCGAGAAGGGCAAGAGCGGACAGUUUAUCCGCAAGGUCGAGCCCGGCUCCCCCGCAGAGGCCGCGGGGCUGCGCGCCGGGGACCGCGUCGUGGAGGUGAACGGAAUGAACGUGGAGCAGGACACGCACCACCAGGUGGUGCAGCGCAUCAAGGCGGUGGAGUCGGAGACGCGGCUGCUGGUGGUGGACAAGGAUACAGAUGAGUACCUGUGCAGCCUGCGCCUGACCUGCACUGAGGAGAUGGUGCACAGUGGCAUCCUGCUCAACUCCAGCACCUCCCCCACCAAGUCUGUGGGCAGUGACAACGGGGUGGUCUGGAAGCCACAGCUGGACCUGAGUGGGGACAGCCCCCAGCGGCACUCCCACAGCUUCUCCUUGCACGGCAGCAGGAAGGAUUUAAAUGGGCAGAAGGAGCUGUGCCCACGUCUCUGCCACCUGAAGAAAGGUCCCAAUGGCUACGGCUUCAACCUGCACAGCGAGAAGUCGCGGCCGGGGCAGUUCAUCCGCUCGGUGGACCCUGACUCACCAGCAGCCAGAGCAGGGCUGCGGCCCCAGGACCGUCUGGUGGAGGUGAAUGGGAUGAACGUGGAAGGGCUGCGGCACUCCGAGGUCGUGUCCCACAUCAAGGCAAGGGAGAACGAAGCCAGGCUGCUGGUGGUGGACCCUGAGACAGAUGAUUACUUCAAGAAGCUGGGGGUGACCCCCACGGAGGAGCACACCAAAGGUGUGGUGCCUCAGCCCAUGACCAAUGGAUCUGCACAGACUCAGCUGAAUGGAGGAUCCACAUCUUCAUCUCACAGUGACCUUCAAAGUCCUGGGAAGGAGUCAGAGGAGGGAGACCUGGAGAAGAAGGACCCCUUUGAGGAGAGCGGGCUGAGCCUCAGCCCCACGGCUGCCGAGGCCAAGGAGAAGGUGAGGGCCAAAAGGGUGAAGAAAAGAGCUCCCCAGAUGGACUGGAACAAGAAGAAAGAGAUUUUCAGCAACUUCUGAGCUCCUGGGGCUGCCAUCCACCGCUCCAGCCCAGCCCAGAUCAGGCGCUCCUGAGGUGCCUCUGCCCUGUCUCAGUGUCCAUGUGAGAUGCUUUGUGCUCUGCCCUUCACUGGUUGCUUCUCCCAGGAGUAUUUUAAAGCCCUUCUCGGUUUUGUUUUGGGUUUAUUUCAUUGUUGUUGUUAUUUUUUAUUGUUAUUAUUGUUACUCACCGGCGAUUCUCAUCAGACAAAUGUGACCAAAGCUCCUGUCCUUGCUUGCUCUUCACCCCAGCCCUGGCUGCCCACCAUUCCCUGUUCCUAUGAGAAAGGACUGGAAGAGUUUCUUGCCUGCAUCAUUUAGGCUUCUAUUACCUUUUUUUAAUUAUUAUAAUAAUAAUUAUUAUUUGAGAUGUUUGUUGUAGGGGUGUCCCAGACUGAGCCCCAUGGGAUGCUCUGUGCCUCUGUGCAAAGGUCUUUUGGCCUCAUGUCCCCACUGUGGUGGCCACCUGUGGGGUAGGGUGGACCUGGACCUGGCACGCCCUCUCCAGCAGCUUGGUUGCAGCAUGAGCUGUUCCCAGGAUGGGACAUGGAGAGUUGCUGUGGAUCACUCUUGUUGGCUUUGCUGUUGAGACAAGCAAAGGAGGAUUGUUGGCUCUGGGGUUCUGUUCAUGAAGUCCCACCUGCUGCCAGUCACUUUUGGAACUUUGCUCCCCACCAGUGACUUCUGCCCCAGCACAGAAAGUUUCCCUUUGAUCCCUGACAGCUCUGCAGAGGGGAGAGGGCAGGAUUUAAAAGCAAACCACACACCCAGCAGCCCAAAUGCCACAGGUCUCUCACCAUCUGCAGCUAUUGAUGUGGUGGAGGAAGGUGGGAAGUGGGCUGGUGCUGCCAGCCUGGCUCCAGCAGCCUCCUGAGAAGAUGAGAGCUAUGAGAUGCCACCAAACCUCCUUGGACAGACAUGGAAGCCUGCACAAUCCAAUGUGUCUCCAGGGAGGAGCACAGAGGUCCAGCUCUGGCUGUGGGUUUGGGCAGUGGGGCUCAGCCAUGGUUGUGUCUGGGUGCUGAGUCCUGGGGCAGGGUCUGAGUCCCACGUAAUUUGUUCUUUCUGGGUUGGGAUUUGAUGCCUCCAGCCUGUGAGUCUGUCCAUGGGGAGGGAGGGUAACUGAGAGGUCUCCAAGAGGCUGGCAGGGGUGGGCAGUUGCUUUGGCUUUCUGUGGAACACCAGCUUCUGGUGUCAGAGCCAUAAAGCUGUGUCCUCAGAGCACUACAGGUGAAGCUCCCUUCAGCUCCUUACUGCUUGCCUUUGGCUGGCAGUGAGCACAGGUGGCUAAGCUGAGCUCCAGCCCUCUGGGAGGCUGCAGAGGUCUGGUACCAGGGCAAAGUCCUGUCUGUGAUGGGGCUGAUCCCUUCCUCCCAUGCUCCAGCAGCUCCCCAAGCCCAGCCAUAGGGCAUUCAAACUCAGGUGCCAGGGCAGUAGUGGGAAGGGACAGGGCACAGCAGGGCAGUUGAACACAAUGACCCCUGGGACACCACAGAUUCCAUGGGGGGCUGGAAGGGACCUCUGGAGCUCACCCAGUCCAACCCCUGCCAAAGCAGGGCACCCACAGCAGCUUACCCAGGGGCCAUGCCUGUGUCACUCCAGCCCUGUGCUGUUACAAACUGCUGGCUUUUGGUGGCACUUAGUCAGUGCUGUGGGCAUGGGAACAGCUCUGGGUGAUUUUCUGAAGUAUUGAGCUAAAAGGUGCCUUAAAUAACCAUUUUCUGCUCUCCACAGCAGCAGAUUGCAGUCAGUACAGGGCAGAGGGACUGCAGCAGUGGAGCCCAGGAUGUUUGGCUUUACCAUGGGAAGCAACUGAUGCUGGUAGCUGGCUGGCAGGAGAGCAUGGAGAGCCUCAGGGGUGAAGGAGAUCAAUCCUUUGAUGACAGUUAUCUUGCAGGAAUGUUGAUGAGCUGAACAGGUUGGAGAUGAUGACUUUAGAGAGGAACUGGUGCAAGUGUUUGGCUAUGGAAACAAGAAUGGCAGUGGGAUAACAGCUCAGGAUGUGGGAGGUUUGCCUCCCAUCCAGGAUCUUUGUGGUCCAGGAGGCCUGGAGCACCUCUGCUGUGAGGACAGGCUGAGGGAGCUGGGGGUGUUCAGCUGGGAGAAGAGAAGGCUCCAGGGAGACCUCAGAGCAGCCUGCCAGGACCUGAAGGGGCUCCAGGAGAGCUGGGGAGGGACUUCUGACAAGGGCUGGGAGUGACAGGACAAGGGGUGAUGGCUUCAAACUGGAAGAAGCUGGAUUUAGAUUGGACAUCAGGAAGAAAUUCUUCCCCAGGAGGGUGGUGAGACACUGGAACAGGUUGCCCAGAAAAGCUGUGGAGGCUCCAAGCCUGGAAGUGCUCAAAGCCAGGUUGGAUGAGGCCUUGAGCAACCUGCUCCAGUGGGAGGUGUCCCUGCCCAGGGCAGUGGGGUUGGAACUGGAUGAUCUUUAAGGUCUCUUCCAACCCACCCCACUCUCUCCCUGAUUAACAGGAGUCUGUGAUUAUCUCUCCCUCCCCCACUUCACAGAUCUGCUCUUUUUCUUUUUUUCUCUUAUGAUCCUCAAACUAUUUGCUUCUCUCAACAAGUCACCUUUGGAAGGAGCCCUUCCUUCUGCUGUGCACGUUGCUUCUUGUGCCUGCAUAGCCAAACCCCAACCCCCAGACCCCAGGCAGUGCCCUGGGCUGUGCAGGGCAGAGUGUUCCCCUUGCCCCUCUGCUCCCUGAUGCAGGUCAGGGAGCAAAGAGCCUUUUGUAAGCACCACAGCGACUGGGCUGCUGUAGUGGAAAGAGAGGGAGGCGGGAAGAUAAAAGGUGAUGUAGCUGGGUCUUUGUCUUGCCUACAGAUCAAAAGGAAUCCGGUGUGCAGAUGUGUACUGAUAAGAUUCUAAACUCUUAAUCUCUGCUUAGGCCAUGGAGCAGCUCCUGGUGCAAGCACUUAAUGUAUUCUGACAUCUUGUAGCUCCUUCCUCAUUAUGCAGUUCCUGUACAUUUAACUUGGGAAAGAAAAAUAAGUAACAAUCAAUGAGUGUAAGGCUGUCAGCUGCAUUGUAAAGACAUCAUGUACCUGGCAAUGGCAGUAAUAAACUUGGG